AUGCCAAAGAUUAGCUACACCAAACGAUCGCGAGCCUUGCCGACAUUUUACAUGGUGAACAAUUCCAUGCAUCAAGUAAAUCGCGCUGGAUUCAAUUCGCCGCGGGCGAAUACCUCUCAGGUGUAUGGUGGAUAUUUUCCGACAACAGGCCGAAAUGAAUCGAAAGUGUUUUACGCAGAGAUCAGCACCAGUUCGGAGAAGAACUCCUCGCCAAGUGGUGAUGAUAAAUUGCAAGGAUUCUUGAGAAGAACGAGAAGCACAAGCCCCAAGAAAGUUCUUUCAAACUCUCACAUUCCGUUUUUGAAGACCAGUUACCUAUCCAGAAAGUCACUCUCACGAAAAAGUGCCGAAAGAUCGCCAAGAGCUCAAAACUCAAUGAAAUCUGACCGGAGUUUAUUGCACGUACCUGUUACAGGACACCAAUUUUCGAGGUUGAGUAGAGUCAGUGAUAGAUAA